GUGAGUGUGGAGUAUGUGCGUGGACGCUGCGUGUCCCUCCUCCUCCCGUCCUGUCACACUGAGGUCAGUAUCGCCACAGUCUCUGGAUUAACGCUCGAAAAAAUGGGAUGUAGCACAAAAGACAGGAGACAGUUUGGUUUCUGACGUGUUUGUCCACAACUUCCCCACAGCAGGUUCACCGGUGCGUUGCUCCUCCUUCAUCCCAGAGAUGCUGCCCUGCCUGCGGAGAUUCCUGCGGCCCGCCCUCGCCCUGAGAGCCGGCAGCGGGCUGAGCAGAGCCGGAGUCAGCAGCCACCGAGCUGCCGCCAUAUCCUCAUCCCCGCUGACCGUGCUGGUACAACAGCAGCAGCAGCGGUGUAACCUGGGCACACACCCGGUCAAUGAACCAGUGGAGCCGCUCAACUCUCCCCGAGGAGCCAAGGAGUUUAUUUACAGCCUUCACCCGUCUGAACGCACAUGUCUGCUGAGGGAGCUGCACAGGUUCGAGUCCAUAGCUAUAGCUCAAGGUCAGCUCCACAUUGCACCACCUUCUUCAGCUCAGCUCAGAUAUGUUUUGCUUCACAACGCCAUCCCUUUCGUUGGAUUUGGAUUCCUGGACAACUGCAUCAUGAUUGUUGCUGGCACACAGAUUGAAUUAUCCAUCGGUGUUGUCCUUGGCAUUUCAACGAUGGCAGCUGCUGCCCUCGGCAACCUCGUGUCUGAUCUGGCAGGGCUGGGGCUGGCUGGUUAUGUGGAGGCCUUGGCGUCUCGCCUGGGGAUGCAGAUUCCUGACCUGAGCCCUAAGCAGGCUGACAUGUGGCAGACCAGAGUCAGCUCUCAUGCGGGCAAAGCCAUCGGCGUCGGCAUCGGCUGCAUCCUCGGCAUGUUCCCUCUUCUCUUCUUCAAGGACGACGAUGAGAAAAAAGACGGCAAGAAGGAGGCGAAGGAGAAAACGGAGUCGCCACCUGCUCCUGCCGAAAUCAGCAAAAACUGAAACAGUCAGCUUUGUGGGGGACAAAUAUUAUUUGGAAUCCAUUCGAAUGCUUUAACCUGGGACUGAUUGGCCUCGCCUGGCGGACUGGAGUGUAUGGAAAAUCUCAGUGAGCCCCAUACAGUCUAAUCACCGGGUGCUUCUACUUAACAAGGCUGAAUCAGACUAUUGGAGGUAUUCUGAAGAGGGUUUGAGAUUUUAUUUGAGUGUAGAUUUUUACCUUAAGCACAGCGACCUGUUCGUCUCUGGAGGAGACGCCAGACGGUUGAUUUGUUGGACUGCUGCUACGUCAACUAAUGCACCGUAACCUCACCUCAUCCUGACUGAGUGGCACAGGCUGAAACUCUUCCUCUCCUCUACUAUGUGUAUGUUAAAUGGAACAAAUGACUGGAGAUGGUUAGGCACCAUGUAGGUUCAAAAAAAAGAGAAGAAAAAGCUAGGGCUGCCUAAAAUAUCCCAAAACACUUCUGUUAAAUCAGAAAUGAAUGGAUCAUAAAAGAAGACCUGAUGCCAUUACACUGUACAUCACAGGCUGAUUCAAGUUUCCAAAUUACAAAAAAAGAAGAACCACAUAUUUACACACGACAGUACAUACACUGUACAUAUAUACUGUAUAUAGUAUCAAGUAUAGUCAAAGUACUGUAACUAUUCAGUUUUACACGUACGUCUCCCACCUGAUGAUGUCACAGUCCUAGGUCCGAGUAGUGAGGCUGAUGCUUCUCUGGAAUUAGUUUGGUUUUGUGUUUGGUGAAGUGCAUGAGAUUUGUCACACGUGUGGUUGAUGCAGUGCGACAAAGUCCUGAAGUCCAGGUUUGAGCUGAGCAGGAGGGAGGAAGAGAAGCUGUGGCAGGAAGAUGACAAGCGCAGAACUCUGUCCCAUUUGCACUAACUCGUCCACACACAAACACACCUUGACCACACCAGGCUUCUAAUUUAUCUUUGUUUUUUUUUGUUAUUGUCGCAGUUUACUGUUUAUUUCAGUGUGCGCACAACUGCUUUUUCGUUUUCCGUGUAACUGGAACUGCAUUGUCUCUGCUCUGCUGCCCUCCACUGGUGGACACAGCAGGUUGUUGUUGUUGUUGCUGCCACCAUCACACAUACUGUAGACAUAGUAUAGGAUAGAACUCAUCACAACUCCCCCCCGUCACUGAUUUCUUUGUUAAAUCUCCUGCGCACAAGUUACUCGUUGACUGCUGAUGAUGACGGAUGUGUUUAGAAGUUGAAAUGCAAAGACGAAGCACAGCCUCUCAGAUAAAAAGUAUUUAUUUUUCUUCUAUUAAUCUUACUUAUAAUCAUGUAUGCUUUUCCUGAAGAAACAAUGUUGAGAUUGUUUGUUGUUAUGUUUUUUGCUCUGACAUGAAGGACCUUGCAGCUGAUUGCUCUGUGUGUAACAGUCUAUUAAAGUCAUGAAACCUA